UCACUUUGUUCAAAUUCCUGCUCAGAUAUCACCUGCCUGGGGACACUUCCCGGACCACCUUUGUGAGGUGCUGUCCUUGUCUCUCUCCGCCUCUGUUUGUCUUAGCACUUAGAACUGUGGGUCAUGUAACUUCUUGUUUAUGGCACCUAAAGUUAGAAAAAUACAGACUUUAUUUUGUUCCCAGCUGUAACUCCAGGACUUGGACCUGUCUGGCACACAGCAAGGGUUCAGUGUGUAUUGGAUGCACAAAUCUACACCGGGUGUAGGAGAAGCAGGCUUGCCAGCUGAUCUGGGGUCUGUUUGGCUCAUUUCUAUGUUACCUCAUUCUCCCAUAUGUUCAUUCAAUAAACCUUUACUCAGAAGCUGUGACAUGCUGGUUCCUGUCCCCUCCUACCCUGGUGGAAGAGCCAGGCAGUAGGAAGGCAAACAGAUAAAGUGACUCUUGGUCAUGAUUCAGUCAUGGUAAGAAGAAAAUGACCACUGACCCUGAGGCCAGGGUGGUCGGGGAGGAAUCCCCUGAGGAGGCAGCCGGGGCUGGGACCCGGAGAAAUCAGCUGACGCUUAUUGCUGCAUGGAAGGAAGAGGGGAGGUCUGAGUGGAGCCCGUGAGGAGGGAGGUGGUCUCAGUUUGCUGUUGCUUGAAGCUGGACCUUAGCCAGAUUUGGGGUACCCUGUUCUUCUGGCUGGUGACCAACCCUCUCUGCCCCCCCCAGAAACCUCCUGUCCCUCCCAGGACUGUUCCCCUGCUUGUGGCUCCUGUCUGCGUGGAAGGGCUUGGCCACUCUUGGGCCGAGGGAAGAUCUGUGGGCUGAGGUUGGGCACCAUUGUGAUCCGCUGGUGGCGGUGUAGGAGGAAGUGAGUGGUGGUGGGCUGGGGGUGCCAGGUCAUUGGAAAAGUACCCUGAGCUUAUCCGGAACCCACAGGCAGCACCAGAGGUCAGAAAGGACAAAACCUCGCAAAGCAAAAAUCUUUGUUUUGCUUUCUGUGGCUGCCUAACAAAGCACACCAGCAUUUCAGGAGUGAAACAGAUUCUUUGGCUCAUCUCUCUGCUCUGGAUGGGGCGGCUGAGUCCUGGUUCUAGGUGGUGUGGUCAGGGUCACUGGCUGCACCUGGGAUGUCCAACACUCUCCAGGGUCCCUCUUCAGGCGGCUUUGCCAGGACCUGCCUAGACCUCAGUGUACAAAUGUGGACUUCAAGGAGGAGGAAAGCUACCUGAAGUCCCCUGGGCCUGGACAUGCAGGUCCCAAAGGUAGACCCCGUAUGCUGGUGGGAGGGGCAGUAUCCGACCUGGAGGCGGUGGCAGGUGCAGCCACUUCUGGAAACCAUUUACCUUCACUCUGAAGAGGCCGUGUGAAUGGCCAAAGCCUCAUGAAGAGACCCAUAGACCCACAAGGCUACGAUCAGAGAUAUGCCAAAUAAAAUAAGAUUCAGCCACAGGUCACAAUAUCUACAAAAACUAGACAGGUGGUCAGGGAUGAUGGUGAGGUGUGACUCAACAAACCCUUGGGUUCUGCUGGUGACCCUCAUGAGUGACAGUCUGCCCAGCAAGGGGGCUGGCACCAAAUAAGGGAAUGUGUUAAGAGUCUCCCCCAGUGGCCCGGUGAUGCAGUUCUGGGGUUCAGUCCCAGCAAGUCACUCCCUGGGUCCCUGGGGAGACAGUGGAGGAGGACAUCCAGGCCCCUGCUGCUGGACAUGCUGAAGAGCUGGAAGCCCCCUCAGCGACCGCAGUGGGGGAGUAUUUAAGUGAAAUCUUGGAUCUACACACUAUGGAAAAUGUAGCACCUGGACGCAGAAACACAGGCACCCAGAGCAGUAGAUCAGGUACGUGUAUAUUCCGGUAUUCAGGCCCAACAAAGGGGCAGAGUCACAUGGGCAAAAGAAGGGAAGCUGGGGCAGGGCGGGGAAAAGAAGGUUAUCAAACAAGGAGGUCAGAAUGGCACUUUGGACCCUGGCUCCUUCCCUAGUGUGCUGUGUAACCUCGAGUGCUGAGUGCUGAGUGCUGUGUGCUGAGUGCUGAGUGCUGUGUGCUGAGUGCCCUCCACUGCUUGGGACUUCAGUUUCCUCCGCAGAUAAAUGAGGGCACACAGGGUCCCAACAGGACGCAGCAAGCUACAAUUGAUUCAAGGAAAGUUUGUUUAGGGCUCUAAAUACAAGGUAUGAGCCUCUAGAGCAUAAGAUGAUCACAGGGGAAAUGCAGAACCGUGGUGCGAGGAGAGAGUGAAGGGGAUGGGAGAGCAUGUUCCAGCCCUGGACCUUAAAGGAGAGAAUCAUUGACAGGAGGGGGCCAGGACACACAGAGCCCAGGACUCCGGAGGGAGGGAGUCAUUCUCCCUCAUUCUCCCAUGGGGGUGGAGUGAGUUGGGGUUCUCCAGACCAGCAAUCAUGCGUGCGUGUGUGUGUGUGUGUGUGUGUGUGUGUGUGUGUACAGCACUCCCUCUUAUCUUUAGGAGAUGCAUUCCAGGAUUCCCAGUGGAUGCCCAAAACUGUGGACUGCACCACACUCUUUGCCUGUGAUAAAAUUUAAUUUAUAAAUUGUACAGUAAGAGAUUAAUGAAACCAACUAUUAACAGUACUAUAAUAAGGGGUAUUUAAAACUUACAGAUUGCCUAUUUGUAAAAAUUUUUUUCAUAUAUUUUUGAAAUGCAGUUGAUCAUAGUGUAUUAGUCAGGUUUUCAUCCCUGUAACAAAAUGCUGAAGACAGUCCUUUUAAAAAGAGGAAAGGUUUACUUAGGCUCAUAGUGUUGGAGGUUUCAGCUGGCAGUCAGUCCAUAUGUCAUGGCAGGAGCAUCUGGCAGAGGAAGCUGCUCACCUUGUGGCAUCCAGGAGCCAAAGAGAGAAAGAAGAUGAGGAGCUGGGGUCCCAGGCUCCCCUUCAAGGGCCCCCAGGAGCCUGACUUCCUCCCAUGGGCCACCCCACAAGGUUCCAGCGUCUCCGAAUGGUGCCACUGACUGGUGACCAAGCCUUCAACCAUGGGCCCUUGAGGGUACACAUAUUCAAACCGUAGCGCAUGGGUAGCUGAAAUGGGGGGAAGUGGAGGUACAGAUAAGGGAGAACUGAGAGAGAGAGAGGCUGAGCGUGGGGUCCGAGUGAGCCCACACCGGCGGGGAUGUGAGCAGGCCAGGACUCGAGAAAGAGGUGGGCUAAGGCUGCCCACCGCGGGGCUUUCCCGGCUCCAGUCUGCUGAUUGGGUCAGAUCCCGCCCACUCCGGAGGGCAAUGCACUUUACUCCAUGUCCAUGUGUUUCAACAGUAAUUAAUCGCAUUAAACCACCCUCACAGAAACACUCAGAAACACCUGGCCCAAAAGGCCAGCACCGUGGUUCAGCCCCGACAUCUAACACAGCCCAACACAGGCUGGAGGGCAGCGGGCCCUCAGGGCAGCCUCGCCAGGCCCACGCCUGUCCCUCCCUGGGGCAGGGGGACCAGGAGCAGGUCCGGAGAACAAACCACACAAAUGCAGUGCGGGGUGCAGGCCCCACUGAAGCUGCUAUCUGGUGGUGCCCAGCUGCACAUCCAGCCCUUGGGGGGCUCCGCCUGCCUCUCCAUCAAAGAAUUCUAGAUUAUUAAUUGGCUGCUAAUCUUUAAGGUUCAGAAGCUUUCACCUAAAAAGCUGGAUCUCUGCUUCUGGAAAAGAAAAUGCUAGAAGAUCUAGCCCUGUGGCUCCCUCACGGCAGUAACUACCUGGAGCUGGGUAGUGGGGUGAGGUGGUAAGUCGAGGCAGGGACUGUCUCCCUUGCCACCGUCCCGCCCUGCUUCCCACACUGGCACCUUCCCCACCCACGAGGGCGUUAGAACCUAAGACUCCUACACCAUCAGGAAGGUCCAUCUGGCAGCGGUGGACACAGUUCUAACAGCCUGGAGCGCUGCCCAACAGAACCACGUGCUGACCACAGAAAUGGGCCACCUCUGCCCAAUGCCGUAGCCCCUGCGAGGUGCAGCUACUACUGAAGGCGUGCACGUCUCACGGGUGUGCAAACUGAGGCACGUCCUGAGUGCAAAACACACGCCAGGUUUUAAAGCCGCAGUGUGAGAAAAUGCAAGAACGGUAGCCUAUUAACAGUGUUCUCGUGUUGAAAAGUUAAUCUUUUUACUAUAAGAGGGUGAGUAAAAUAUUUUGUUAAAAGUAAUUUCAGUUUUGUGUGCUUAUUAGAAAACAGUAUUACGUGGUGCCUCGCCUGGCGGCCCCCAGUCUUUUCCUGGCGGACACCGAUGUCUGCAUGCUCAGAUUUUAGCUGCCUGGCUGCAAUCUCCAACCGUCUGGACGGUGGCCACACUCUGCCCACAGGCCGAAAACUCCUCUCCGGCCCGAUCCCAGGCUGCACUGCUGGGCCGGCCUGGGGCUCACCACUUCCCCUCUGUCUUAUGGCUCUGAAUCCUUCCCCCAGAAAUUCCCCUUAACACAGCUGGUUCUGUUGGUGAUGACUCAGAAGUCCCCUCCGGAUGUUGUAGGCCUUGAGGGCAGGCCAGCCUUCUAUGGGCAGAGGUGACUGCCUACAUGUCCAAGAAAAGCUAAAAAUAUCUUGUACCCUUCUCUCUUCCCCCUGAGCGUCCAGAUCCUACGCAUCCACCAGAGGCCUCCUGGAAGAAGCCUUCACGGUCUCAACCAAUCAGCUUCCUGUUGCUCAGCAGAAACUGGGCAAAUGCUGGUGGCGUCUUCUGGGACCAGGCCAACACCUUGGUAUUUCUUAUGCAACAGGACCCAGGUCGUGGGAUACUUACAGGGUCGUCUUAGAGCCUGGACAAGAGGGUCCCAGCAGGCUGGGUCUCACUCCAGCAGAGCUGGAAACCAGCCAGGGGGAAGCAGGGCCGGGGAAGCUGUGCUUACUGAACUCUCUCUGCACAUUACAGGUGACUCCUCAAACCUCCCUGCCACAUAGGUUCUGUGUUCUUCUCGCUAUGGCGGGGACACACAUGCUCAGAGAGAGGCAGUGUCUUGGUCAAGGUCACAAGGCACAGUGAUUGACAAAGCUCCCUUUCCAACAAAGGUCACCCUUUCCGAAGGUCACACUUUGUAGUCACCUGCUUCCUCCAGCCACCCUGCAAGACACAGGCACAUGGGGCUGCCGCUCCUGAACAACCUUGUAUGUCUGGUUCCUGCCAGUAUGGCAGCUCCUGGCUUCCGGGGUAGGGAAGAGAGGGCUCAGAGCCUGGGAACACAGUGAGCUCUCUGGGUGUCUAACCACAGGUGUCUCACUCAGUUGCUGAGUGGCCAUGACAAGUCACUUCCCCUAACCAAGCCACAGGAUGCUCCACUUCAGGCCGGAAGCAGUAGCCCAGGCAGCAUGUCCUUGUAAGGAAAAAUGACCAGCAGUCCGAAUGCUACCUGGCUGCCUCCCCUGCCAUCUGUCUCUGGGCUGGGGGCUCAGAGGAGGACCCCUGGGGUGCAGGUCGAGCUGGAAGUGACGGGGGCAGCAAUGCUGGGGGAGGAGCCCCGCAUUCCAAGUGGGAAUGGACUCCAAGGACGGCCUGGAAGUGGGCUUGCAGAGCAAAGGGCUGCAGAAGGGAUGAACACGGAGCUGGCAUGUUUUCAGCUAAUGUCGCAGGUCUGUGAACUAGCCCUCCACUGCGGGAGUUGGGCGAAGCACAGUGGUAGACCCUGGCCUCUGAUCUUAGCUUAGAUCUCAUCUCCUGUGGGUUCUCAGUCUCUAAGUGUCAAGCAUCAGGCUCCCCUUGGGACACAUAACUGCAGGAGGCAGGCAGGGCAGAGUCCUAGUCUUGUGCUACUGCUAAUGAGCUGUAUUACCAGUUUCCCUGAACCUCAAUUUCCUCCUCUGCAAAAUGGGCUAAUUCUACCUUCCUUCUAGUAGGGUUGCAGAGGUGGCUUGGCAAUGUUUCUCUCCUCCCACACCUUCCCCUGUCCCUGCCUACCAUGAGAAGAGGAGGCAGCUUGCCCAACCCUCAGGAGGUGGCCCCAGGCAGGGCGGGACAAGGCAGCCAGGAGAGCUUCAUUAAAGGGUAGAAAAGCAGAAGCAGCGGGGCUUCCCAAGUCCCAGCGGGUGCCCCACUUCCUCUCCACCUGGCACCCUGCCGCAGACUACCUGCCUGAACCCACUGCUGCUCCAGACCAUGAGGGGCCUCCACGGAGCUGUCGAGCACCUCAUCAGGACCGGGUGGAGGUUCUGGCAGUUGGGGAUCCGAAAGGCAUGUGUCCCACUGCUCGCUGCCUGGGAUACCUUCUGCCAGCCUGUCCCUGCCAACCAUAGCCAGCUGCUGACCCACCUCCUCCUGUGCGGAUCCUUGGCAGUCACUGCUGCAGGUCUGGCUCAUCACUGGCUUAUGUCUUCACGGCUUUAUCCACUGGAACUCUCAGCCACAGUGGCUACGGUCUGUGGCCUCCUGGUCUUCCUGGCCCUGGGCCUGGUGCCCCCCAUCCGCUGCCUGUUUGCACUCAGCGUGCCCACCUUAGGCACAAAGCAAGGCCGUCAGCUGCUCCUGUCUUACAGUACUGCCACCCUGGCCAUUGCUGUGGUGCCAAAUGUCUUGGCCAAUGUGCGUGCCACUGGGCAGGUGCUGAGAUGUGUCACUGAGGGCUCCGUGGAGAGUCUGCUCAACACCACUCACCAUCUGCAUGCUGCGUCCAGGGCGCUGAGCUCCGCAGGUCGAGCAGGCAGCCGGGGCCUGACCUUUGAGAUCCAGGGCAAUGGCUCUGCCUUCCAGCUUCACAUGCUCAAGGUCGCUCAGCGGGUCCAGGAGGAUUUCUCUGGCCUAGAGUCUCUGGCGCUGGCAGUAGCAGUGGGUACCCAGCGGGUAGUCACAGGACUGUUUCUGCUUGGCCUCCUGGUGGAGUCAGCCUGGUACCUCCAUCGAUACCUGACGGACCUGCAGUUUGACAACAUCUAUGUGACACAGAGACUGGCCGAGCAGCUAGCCCAGGCCCAGGCCACACACCUCAUGGACUCUCCACCAGCCUGGCUGCUCCAGGUGGCCCAGCCAAAGCUGUCACAGGAAGAGCUGCUGAGGUGUCUCCUAAAGCUAGGACUGCUUGUCCUGCUCCUGGUGGCCACAGCUGUGACAGUGGCCACAGAUUACAUGGCCUUCCUCCUGGCACAGACAGCUGUGAGGUGGGCUCAGAAGCUGCCCAUUGUGCCCAUCACACUCAGGGUCAAGUACGAUGCAACGUACACUGUCCUGGGCUUCAUUCCUUUCCUCUUCAACCACCCACCCCCUGAGAACCCCUUCCUCUCGGAGCACAAAGCCUACUCCUGGGAGCUCCGCCUCACCUCUCGCGACUGCCCCCUGCUGCCGGCCCAGCGUCCCUGCACCGCCUCGGCGCUGGCCGCCGGAGCCCUGCAGCUCCUGGCCGGCUCCACCGUGCUGCUGGAGACCUACGCCCGGCGCCUGCGGCACGCCAUCGCCGCCUCCUUCUUCUCCGCCCAGGAGACCAGGAGGGUCUGCCACCUCCACGCCCGGCUGCAGCGAAGACAUGACCGGCACCAAGGCCAGCAGCGCCCAGCCUCCUUCCCCCCUCUGACACCUGGGGCUGCCUGCAGAGUAAGAGACCAACUGCGUGCUGGACUCCUCGAAGAACAGAAAACCUUUGCAACAGACCCCAGUUGCAACCGUGGCCCUCUAUGUCUCGGCGUGACCUUGGGUGUAUCACUCCACCUCUCUGAACCUCUGUUUCUAAAUCUAUGUAAUGACUGCAUCCUAGUAAUGAUCCUGAACCACUCUCCACACGGGAAUGUGUAAGGAGAUGCUGGGCUUGCAAGGCCUGGAAGGGCGAUGUCAGGGCAAGGUAAGAAGUGAGACAGCUGCGGGUCCCUGCAGGCCACGUGGAGGUCGGUGGAGUCUCUCACCUGCAUCCGAUGCUGCGCCUCGUAGGUGGAGACUCUGCCUCACCUGCAUGCUUCUGGAACUUAAUAAUACGCCUUUGAACUUACGUAUGUAGACAAAACUUUCUGUUUUGUAAAUAACUGUAUUUAUUAAAUCUUAGGUGAAAUGUUAAUUCUCUGCUUUGAAUUCCUUCAGGGGCUUGCCGCCUAGAAUUGCCAGCAUUAACAAAAGUAGAGGAGGCCAGAGUCAAUUUGAAUUUCAGAUUAAUGAUGAAACACUUACUCUCCCUGGAUCCCUAGCUCUGGCUCUGGACCCCUGGCUGUGACUCAGGAUCAGCCGCACACAACCCAUUGUGUGACCUGACAUUUUCCUAUUGUCAAAAAAGAAAAGAAAAAGAAAGUUACAGCAAAUGUGGCUGACAUUCUUGAUUGGCAUUUAUUAGAAGUAUUAGAAUCAGGCAACAUCUAUCUUAUAAAAUGAAGAGUUCCCAUGGGCUGGCAAAAGGCUCCGAAAGGGCUGAGGAAAGCAGGAACAGAGAUCAAAAAGUGGUUGGUGCGGAAACUGUAUUUAAUUGUUGUAAAGCAGCUACAUUGUUUUUUAAAGGGAUAUGAAAAAAUAAAUAUGAAUUUUCAA